CAACGUAGGCAGAGGGAGCUGAAAGAGCUGGUUCAACGCAGGCAGAGGAGCUGAAAGAGCUGGUUCAACGCAGGCAGAGGGAGCUGAACGAGCUGGUGACAUUUGACAAUAUAUUGGCAAAGAGGGACAGAACCAUGACUGAAGCUACACCACUGAGAGAGAUGGAGCUGAAACGGCAGCCUGAGUCUGAUGGGUGUGGCGCAACAAAUCAUGAUGGGUCUGGUUUGACCGCUGACCUGAGGAUUGUGUUGCUAGGGAAGACUGGAGCAGGGAAGAGCGCAACAGGAAACACCAUCCUGGGGAAGAAUGUAUUUAAAGUGGACUCUUCCCCUGCGUCAGUGACCGGACAGUGUGAGAGACAGAGUGGAGAGGUCAACGGGACGACGGUUCAUGUGGUUGACACGCCGGGCCUCUUCGACACAGCCCGGUCGGACGAAGAGGUGAAGGAGAAAAUAGAGGAGUGCGUUAACAUGUCCGUCCCGGGCCCCCACGCCUUCCUGCUGGUGAUCAGGCUGGGGGUGAGGUUCACAGAGGAGGAGAGGAACGCCGUGAGGUGGAUCCAGGAGAACUUCGGAGAGGACGCCUCCAUGUACACCAUCUUGCUGUUCACCUGUAAAGACCAGCUGAAGGGGAAACAGGUGACAGAUUCUCUGAAGAUGUGUAAAGAGCUGCGGAGACUCUCCAUCACGUUAGGAGGCGGGUAUCACUCGUUCAACAACGACGCCAAAGACGACCCGGCUCAGGUCCCAGAGCUGCUGGAGAAGAUCAAAGAGAUGGUGGAGCUGAAUGGAGGAGAGCACUACACCAACGAGAUGUACCAGAAGGCUCAGAGGAAGAUCAGAGAGGCGGAGGAGAGGAGCAGGGAGGAGGAGAAAAGACGGAGGAAGGAGGAGGAGAGAAAGUUAAAAGAAGAGGUAAAGGUCGAGAUAGAGAAAGAAAAGGAGGAAGAGAAAAGGGAGAAGGUAGAUAAAAAGAGGAAUCUCCACAUCGCUCUAGCAGUAACAGUAGUGUGUGUAGUAGUAGGGGUGAUCAUAGCAGCUGCUGCUGAUACCACAGUGGCCCUGGCUCUAGCUCCACUCCUACUGGUGCUGGGAGCAGCCAGUGGAAUAACGGCUAUCUGUCUAAAGAAUGGAAGGUGUGGAGCUAAAACACCCGUCUCCGUAGCUGUAUAACAAUCACAUACUGUAUACCUCAUUAAGGCUGUUUUUACACUGGCAACACAAUUCUGAUCUUUUGCCACUAAUUGGUCUUUUGACCAAUCCGAUCUAUUAUCAAUAAUUGGGCAAAAUAUCAGAAUUUGUCUGCCUGUGUAAAGAUCAGAAUUAGGCUGCCCGUGUAAAGAUCAGAAUUAGGUUACCUGUGUAAACGAGGCCGAACAAGACCUAACAACAGAAACAUAGAUUGAAUGAUUGAUUGAUAGAUGGUUUUAUAGAUAGAUAGAUAGAUAGAUAGAUAGAUAGAUAGAUAGAUAGAUAGAUAGAUAGAUAGAUAGAUAGAUAGA